CUUGGAGUUUCUCCCAAGUUGUUUGUAGCCGUCCUCAGAUCGUGGGAGUAAUUUAUUGGCCGCGCGCGUUUCGCCAGGUGUUAGGACUGGUAACUAAUAAGGCAGUGCAAUGCAUUAGGGGAAGGAAAUUAGCAGCCAAGAUGGCUGCGUUACAGGAAGGUGUCGAACACCUUCUUGCGAUAAUCUCAUCAUUUUCCAAAACACAUAUUCCUCCGUUAUGUACAGUUAUUACCAAAAGUGAAAAUGUUAUACUUGAAGGAGAGGAUCGUGAUGGGUUCUUUCGUUCAUUUGUGGCUCUGUCAGCUCAUUACAUUGGAUUAAAUGUUACUCAGUGUGGUGCCAACUUGCAAAUAAUUGUGAAAGCCUGUAAAGUGCUCCUGAAAUUUGCUCUUCUGGAAUUAGAGAAGAAAAGAGAUUCAAAUGAGCCAUUGGUUAAGAAACAGCUGGUAUCCAUAAUUGAAGGACUUUGCAAAGGACAUGGAUGUCUAAAAAGAACAGAAAUUAUAACUUUGACAGCCAUCUUGAAAUCAGCUAGUGUGCUAAAGGAUACAGUCAGUGCGCCAUCGGAACAACCGAAAGAUCUCUCCCUCAGUCAGGGUGAGGACUUCUUUCAACGCCUUCAAACAGCAUUUACUGAGACUGGAGAUGAUUCUUCAAGCUUCAUCAAAGACAAAACCAGGGCAGAAAAUGAGAAGACUUUGUCUUCUGAUACCAGUAGCACAGAUGUGAAGAGCUUCUUUUCCAACUGCAAUGUUGCAGCCCUCAGACAGCUUGGAGGUGGAAGAGUCUUGUUAGACCUGUGUCUUUCCUUGCCUGAAUUUUCCAAGAUUAUUACACCUCAACAAGCUACAUCUUCCUCAUUGAUGAGUUUAACUUCCUCAAGUGUCCAGGGAUUGUCUUCUGAGUUGUUAGUUGUUUCAAGCAUAAUAUCCAUCCCAAUAUUGGAACCACUCUCAGCAAGUCGGGUGGAGAAGGUCUGUCAGCUGGCAUUAGGCUGUUUGGAUGUUGCCCUCACAAUUGCUACUGGCAAUUUCAACAUUGCAGGUGCCGCAGGAACAACAGGGUUGAGUCGUCCACUGUCAGUGAAGACAUUGCUUGGAAGGUCUUCCUUGUCAAAGGCUUCAGGAGCUAAAUCUGUCGGCAAAAUAUCUGGUGAUGAGGAAAGUCUGGAAAAAUGUGCUCAAAGUAUUGUAGAGAACAGUAUUAAUGUGUUUGAUGUGAUCUGUGGAGUGAUACAAUCAUCAUCUAGAGCAGGAGGGCAGGUGUUACAAAACAUUCACAUGUUGGCAGCUCACAGAAUAAUACACGGCCUGCUUCCAGUCUUGGGACUAACUCCUGAGGACAGUUUGUCCAGAGAGAGUGCUGCUUUUAAGUUUAAAUGGUUGCAAGGUGUGAACACAUUAGUGGUGGCACUUGCCUCGCGUGCAAUCACUCUUUUGUCAUCAUUGUUGGAAGAGCUUCAGGUAGAAGGACUCCUUACUCAUGCUGAAGAUGAACCAGCCUCUGUGGGAUCCGACUUCUCUGUCAAUUCUCGCUGCUCGGCAUGGAGGAGAGUGAAGAAGCUGAUGGAUGACUUGCCCCUCAUGAAUUACUUGUUUGCUCAGUUCUCUACACUGUACAAAAUGGCAACUGCCAUGAUCACCCCCACAGUGUCAGCUGGGCCAGAAUCUCCCCGGCCCAGUUCAGGAAAAUCUGAUAGUUCAAAAUCUCCAGCGACAUCAUCAGAUGAAGGGGACAGUGAAUACAUCUCUUACUCUGAUGGGAGUAGUGAAGAUGAGGAGUCAUUGCUUGGUCAGUGGUUUCAGGACACAUUAUCAUCAAUGCCAGUUGUCACAACCUCAAGUCCUCAAGUCCCACCAAGGAAGAAGUCAGAAAGUGGAGAUGUGGGGGACAGUGGGACAGAAUCGACCCCAUCUGGACGGUCAUUCCAGAUGGCUCCAGAGGAGUACAUCUACUUGGCAACAUGUACCCUACAAUUCUUAACCAAGCACCUUCUGAGUAGCACUGUUCCAGAAAUGAUAGAAUACAUCAGCUGCUCCUUCACAGAAGAACACAUAUCUGGUCUUGUGGGAGUUGUAAAAGAUCUGGACCAACUUACUUUCACCAGCAUGUCCAGUUAUGUUGAUAUGGAUAAGCUCUGUGGUGCAGUUGAUCAGGCUGUUCACUUGCUCUUAGUUUCAGACUUAUUAUCAAAUAAGCAACAGGAUGUAUUUCUGAGUCAUCUUGGCCUGGCCCCACUGGAUGAUGGACCUUGGCCACUGAAGGUAAGCCAGCGUUGUCUUUCCAUCCUCGCCAGAGUGUUACUGGCCCGCCAACAGAAGGGGUUACAAACAAACACAGGAAUGGACAUUGCUGAAUGUGUUAAAGUGUGGAACAGGCUCAUAGACACACUUGGAGAUCAUUGUCUCAUGGAAGAGGCUGUUCCUGUCACGCAAGAUUUGAAUGUAGAACAUCUACAGCUUUUGCUGUUUAUUUUUCACAACUUCCCUGUGACUCAGCGUAAAAGACUUCUGACGUAUUGUGCAAGGGUAAUCAUAACAGUUGCUAACUCAGCAUCUGUACUACACUCCACUCCCAUGGCACUGAAUCACCUUUUGUUGCUGUUGGACUACUUUCUUCACCAUUUGUCAACACCACCAGAAGAGCUCUUCAAACAGGUUCAACAUAACCUAUUUCAGAGUUGUACAGCACCCAGCUCAAGAUUGCUGGAUGAUAAAGGCUCUACAGACCAUCAUGAACCUUUGUAUUAUGCUGCUAAUGGUGAAGAAGAUGAGGGCCUAUCACACUCAAGCAUAAAAGUUCAUUUGCUAGCUGAAGAAUGUGUCACAACCAAGUGUCAUAGUUUUAGACCCAGAUUUUAUGAGAUAAGACCUGUUCUUCUAGAAGAUAACUUGGACAAAGAGGCUUGUUCUACACUACUUAGUUUGUCUGAGGAAGGGCAGAGCUAUAAAGACUUUCACUCUGCAGUAAUCAAACUUCUGAUGGUGGGAUCUCGGCAAGAAGUGAAGAGUUCUUCAGGCGACAGCCACCCUUCAAUGCCUGUGGAUGGAGCAGUGGUGAAGCAUAGCUUUAACCUUGCUUGGCGGAUAUUAGACUGUUUACCACCAUCAGUUGAGUUUUUCAAGAGUCUACAGCAGGAUCUUGAGAUGCAGCACAUCCACGUCGCAGAUCCUGACCUUGCCAAACUCUUGUGUAGUUUGAAAUUUGUUUCCAAACUUGGCUCUUCAAGUCCAGACACUACAUUCUGUGAAACACUCAAGAAUAGUCUUGUUGAUCAGGGAAUGUCCAAGGAGGACUCUAAUAGCAUAAUUGAUAACGUCACAAGACUGAGUGGAGAUCUUCAUCACAGUGUCAUGAUGGCAAAACAGUUCUUGAAAGAGAUGACCAAACUUCAGACUGAACUUUUUGAGGAGGAUAACCCUUCCCAGUUGCCAGGACUGUUGAGCCUUUGCACCCUUGAUGCUGUGAUAGGAAAAACUCAUGUGGCUCUGAAUUCACUGUUUGGAAACUCAGAUGAAGAUCCUGAUUUGACAAUGAUCGUGGAAAAUGCAAAUGAACUUCUCCCUGUGCUGGUUGAUUUGAUUCCACUGUAUCAGAAAUUUGCUGGGUUUUGUUUGCUAUCUGGUGCUGUGAAACAAAAGAACAGUGACAAUGAGGGUGCAGAAUCUUUACAGGCAUAUUCCAGUGUCAUUAAAAUUGGAUACAUGCGAUUACCUAAGCACCCCUGCCUUUCUUUAACAUUUCUGGCAGGUCUUCCGUCAUCUGUGAAGAAGGCUUUAGAAAAAUGGAACAAUAUUGUGAUGACAAGUUUUCCCUCAGCAUCGUCAUGGAAAACAUCAGCUUGUUUGAUUGAAAUUGGAGCAGAAAGCUUUUUGGACUCUCUCGUGUCGGCACAUCUGUCUGCUGUGUGCAGUGCUGGCUCAAUGGAGAUAGCACCAGCCCUUAAACACACUCUUCAUUCACUAGUUCAACUAACUGCAGAGUUGCUAACGUGGAGUCCAAAAGAGGAACACUCCAUGGAGACUGCCCUGGGUAAACAACUGUGUGAUAAUGUAGUACCUGUCAUGGUGGAUGCCACUAUGGAGUAUCUCUCAGAGCAAUGCAACACCAUUUUAGAGCGAGUUGUUGGUCCUGCAGACAGUGACAAAUUUGCCAACUGUGUUCAGGCAUACGUGUUGUCAAAAUGUCACAAACUUCUUGUUGACCAGUUGGGAGCAGAUAGGUCUGAUAUUGGUGAAGAGGUGCUAGUAGACUGUCUGAAAUACAUAGACUCUUUGUUGGAAAAAGUAUCUGACCAUCGCCUUCUGGAGCAGUUGUACUCAAAGAACAAAGAACUCUGUAAAGUUAUUGUGCUGUCUGCAAACAAAAGACUGUCUUUGGGAUAUGUUAACAGGACUUUGAAACUGUCAGUCCGUUUCUUGCAGCUUGCUGAGAAGCCUCUGAACUUAGGGAUGCACUUCUUGUGCUCUGGCUUCUCAGAGCUUUGCCAUUUAGACCAUGCAACCCUGGAGGGAUGGCUGAGAAGGAUUAUGCUUGGUGUAGAAGAUGACAAAGGAAACACAGGAAAGAUGGCAGAUAACAGACUUCUUCUACAGACAUUUGCCACUUACAUUGUUAAGGAAGCAAGUCCUGUUGGUGAAGAAGUCAGCCAUGCCUUGUUAGAGUGCCUAAUUCCCCUUGGAAAUGAGCUACUGCCAGAUGUUCCUGCAGAGUGGAGUAACAUUGGAUCUAAGUUUGGCGACCUCCUGAAUAUCGCUGCAGUAUUGGCUGGUGCAGGGGAUGGAUCAGGACAUCUUACCCUUUGUACUGCUGUUAUCCAGUGGCUUGAGAAAUGUAAAACUCAACUUCUCCUGGUGGCCGAAAAUGGUGAGAAAGGAAAAGAGAGUGGCAUGGUUGAUGCAGCAGGGCCUCUUCUUCGUUAUUUAGCAGAGGUGAUGACAGCUUUAAAAUACUCUUCAGAUAAGGAGUGUCCUCCCUCCCCAUCACUGUGUCCUGUUGAUGGUGAUUCAAUGCUUCAAGAUGUAGAAUCAGAUUGGAUGGAUGACAUGGGUGGAGAUGAUGAGGAUUCUGGUGGGGAAGAGUCUGAUGAGGAUUCUCUUUGCAACAAACUGUGCACAUUCACUAUGACACAGAAAGAGUUCAUGAACCAACACUGGUACCACUGCCACACUUGCAAGAUGAAUGAUGGGGUAGGAGUGUGUACAGUGUGUGCAAAGGUUUGCCACAAAGACCAUGACAUCUCAUAUGCCAAGUAUGGUUCAUUCUUUUGUGACUGUGGAGCUAAAGAAGAUGGCAGCUGUAUUGCCUUAGUUAAGCGUACAUCAAGUAGUGGGGCAGAAAGUCAAAGUGCUGUUCCACCAUCACCCUUUGCUACAGGAGAGAUGGACGAAGGACAGGAUGACACAGAAGGAUCCUCAGCUGGUAAACUAUCAUCAUUAGCAGGUGGAACGAGUUCUUCAGCUUCAGCAGCUGGGUUAGCAGGGUCAAGUGGCACUGGAAAUGGAGGAGGAUUAGAGGACACAGGAGCACUUACAUCAAAGUCUGUGGAAGCCUUGGCAAAGCAACUGGAGAAACACAAGCUGCAGUUGGUGAGUCAAUUGGAGAAGUCAUCAGUGAUAACAACAACCCUCGAUCUUCUUCAGUGGUUGAUGGGGCCUGAUGCUGGAGGACCCAGUAGUGUUGGCAUGGGAGUAUCUAAAGCUAUCAAGGAUGCUUUGACUGAACUACAUGUGUCGGAGAAAAUUGUGGAAAACACAGAUCAGCUUCUGGUUCCAACUUUAGGAUCUCAAGAAGGAGCAUUUGAAAAUGUGCGAAUGACGUUCAGUGGAGAACAGGGUCAAACCAUCCGGCAGUUGAUUGGUGCUCAUGUUCUGAGACGUGUGGCCAUGUGUUGCUUGGCAUCACCAAAGGGACGCAGACAACAUCUUGCUGUUAGCCAUGAAAAGGGCAAGAUUACAGUGCUCCAGCUGUCAGCACUUUUAAAGCAAGCUGACUCUAGCAAGAGAAAGCUAACCCUGACACGCCUUGCCACGGCACAGGUACCCUUCACAGUUCUGUCUAUUGCAGGAAACCCCUGUAAUGAGGACUUCCUAGCAGUGUGUGGGUUGAAGGAUUGUCAUGUGUUGACAUUCAGCAGUUCAGGGUCUGUGGUGGAUCACCUUGCCCUUCAUCCUCAACUGGAGACUGGUAAUUUUAUCAUUAAGGCUGUCUGGCUUCCUGGAUCACAAACACAACUGGCUCUUGUCACUGCCGACUUUGUCAAGAUUUAUGACCUGUCCCAAGAUGCCUUGAGUCCUCUCUAUUACUUCCUGCUUCCAAGUGGAAAGAUCCGAGAUGUCAGUUUCAUUUUUGGCGAUGGAGAUCACAGUUUGAUACUAAUGUCUUCAGCGGGACAGUUGUAUUUUCAGCCCAUGGACAUCACCAGCAGUGCAAUAAAUGGUCCUUUUUAUUUGACAAAUACAUUACCCAUUGAACAUCCUGAUCUACAAGACUCCAAUGGCCAAGUAGCUGGUGGUGGAGUGUCUGUGUACUACUCACACAUUUUGCAGUUGAUCUUCUUCAGUUACAGUCAAGGUAAAACAUUCGUUGCUCCGUGGGGUAAAGACCAAAAGGAAAUCAGGAAGAUGUUUCCAGUGACCUUAAAGAGUAGCUCAGGCAGCAAUAAGAACUCACAGUCUGCUGCAUUGUGUCAGUGGAGUGAGGUGCCACAGCAUCCUGGUCUUGUGUGUUGUCUGACACACACAGCUGGUGUUCCCGUUGUGCUGAUGAUCAAGCCCCAUCAAAUAUUGAUUCAGGAGAUUAAAGCCACAUCAUCCAAAGCAAAAACCCAGGAUAUGGUGGCCAUCCGGCAUUCUGUGAACACAUCAGACCAACAACGCACUACAAUGAUUCUUCUUUGUGAAGAUGGAAGUCUCCGUGUUUUCAUGGCCAGUGCAGAACACACUGGUUACUGGAUGGCUCCCGAGUUCCAACCUGUGAGGCCGCUAAGUAUAGUGAAGCCAGUUCGCAAGAAGAAAACCAGUAAAGCCAGAGUAAAAUCGACCACUGUUAGUUUCCCAGUUGAUUUCUUUGAGCACUGUCAACCACUUCUAAAUGAGGUAGAGUUUGGAGGUGGAGAUAUUCUCCAAGUCUAUAAUGUGCAACAAGCAAAGCACAGACUCAUGACUGCUGGAAUGUAUAUUGCAAGUACCAAGCCAAAUGGCUUCAAUAUUGAGAUCACCAACACUAAUCCUCGUGUUGUCAUGGUUGGAGUGAGAAUUCAGAUUGGCUGUCAGUCCGUGGAAAAGGCCCCGUCCUUUGUGGAAAUCUUUGGGAGAGUAAUUCAACUGACAUUGACAAGAAACAGAUGGUUUGAUCUUCCAUUUACAAGAGAGGAGUCAUUAACUGCAGACAAGAAAUUCUCCUUGUUCAUUGGCCAGUCUUUAGACCCAUCAGGAGUGACCAUGCUGGAUUCAGUGAAGGUGUAUACCAAGACAAAAGAGGCAUUUGGUUGGCCUGAUGAUCCUCAGGAAGAGAUACCUUCUACGCCUGGUCUGGGAACUGCAGCUGCUGUGGACACAGAGACAGAAAUUGUCAAUCCUGUUCCCCCACUGACAGCCGUUGAUAAACUGGUAGUCCACCUGCUGGAGGUCGUAGAUGGUUGCUUUUCUACAUUUGUAUCUCAGGAAGAGGUCUCAAGGCAGGCUGCACUUGAUGCUGCAACAUCACUUAUGACUAGUGCUAUGCCAUCCACUGUUCAGCAUCAAGCACAGGCACUACUUGCCACACUACAUCCAUCCAAAAUGUCCUACCACAGCCACAAGGAUCAGGCACAGCUUUCUCAAGUGGUAAACUUCCUUUGUAAAAUUGUCAGUCCAUGCCAAGAAAAGGAAGCAAAAUCAGAAGAAAAAGAUGCGGAGGAAGAUGAAGAGAAAGCAGCAGAGGGACAGAAGAAAGAAGAAACUGAAGAAAUCUUAGUAAAUGUUAGUGAACUUGAUGUUGAGAGUUUUCAGCGUCUUGUGGUGAGUGCCAGAUCUGUGGCCAAUACAAGACCCAGUAAUUUGGCAAAAUAUACCACCCUGCCUGGACAGCAAACAGCAGAGGAGAGCGAUGAUACACAUCAUUUUGCUGUGUGCCUGAUGAAUGCAUUUUGGAAGCUUCACAGUUGCCAGCCUGUCAACCCAGUUCUAUCACCAUUGUCUUCCAUUGGGUUCCAACAUGUGGAGUCUACAGUGACAGCUCUUGUGGACAUCAUACAUGCCUUUGCAAUAGCAGAUCCCUCCAAAGUUGGACUAGCUGUCAAGCAGUAUGUGAAAAUGCUUCUCUGUGAGGAUCAGUCAGUGAGCUUUGCAUGUAAACAAGCCCUCAUGCGCCUGAUACACAAACACUGGCAUGGAAUGGGCAACUCCACUCCUCGGUGCAACACCCCCACAGGGGAAGGAGUUGGAGGAGAUGACUUUGAUGGUGAAGAUGAUGAUGGAGACCAGGACAGAGCCAAUGAAACUCCCCCUGAAGAGUCAAAUGGAACUGAUGCAGAGGGAGCUCAGGCAGGGAGGCAGCAAGAUGCUGAAGUCAAUGAGGUUGCUCCAGAGGUGCCUGCUCAAGAACCGAGCCAGCCAUCAGUAGGAGUACCCUCUAUAGCAAGUGCUGCCAGUCAUCUUGAAGCUCUGCUGCUUGGUGCUGGUGGUCUGCCAGGUAUGCUAGAUCUUCCUCCUGAUGCAGACGAUGAAGCCAUGGUGGAGCUUGCCAUUGCUCUAAGUCUUCAGGAACAAGCUGGUGCACAAGGUCUUAGCCUUCAGGGCUUGCCACUACCUGGCGCUCAGGCACUUGGACUGCCUGUCGAGGCUGGGGUGUCCUCAGAUACAGCUUCAGGUCAGGGGAGUGAGGAUGAGUAUGAAGUACCUCCCGGUAGUGCUCAGGGCUCCUCUGCAGGUCACAGUGCCCCCAGGUCUCCUCUGCCACCUGAUACUGGGCAUGGGGGAGCUGAGUUUGAAAGUGGAAGUAGUGUAGACUCUGUUGCUGCUGAGACUGGGACCAGCAUGGAAACUGUUGUUAUGGAUAGCGAGCAGGCAGCUACUUUAGAGAGCCAGCCUGGUAGUAGGAGUAAUGGAGAUGAAGAGCAGGGAAGAGCCCAUCCUGCAGGAGACAAAGAAUCGCUGAUGGAUCAAGAAAAGUUGCAUUCCUUAAAGUUGCUUCUUCUGGAUGAGCUGCUGCUUCAUCUUCCAAAGUUAAAAGAAGUUGGUGGUGUACAGGCUAUACCUUUCAUGCAGGUCUUGCUCAUGUUGAGUUCUGAUCUGGAAGACAAUGACAGAGACAGGGCAGCGUUAAGUAAAGUGUUGUCUACGUGCUUAGAAGAGCUGAAACUGGAUCAGAUGCAGGAUGUGAAGCACAUUUCAUCACGCACCAAACAACAUGAAGUCUGGCUGAUCAUCAUGAGGCUGUUGAGUGUACUGAUGUCAAGAACCAAGACUAAUUCCAAGAGUGGAUCUGAGGCCUCUUCGCUGGUGUGCAGGCAGACAGCAGCCACGUUAUGUGAUGUGGGCAUCAUAAGUAAUUGUCUAGAAAUUCUCAAGACCCUGUUAGAGCACUGGAGAGAGGUUGCAAGCCAUGAAGAAGAGGAGCCGUCAGGGAUUGGCGGUGCACUGCUCAAACCUCACCCCACCAGCCCUCCUCCAGAUAUGUCACCAUUCUUUCUCAGACAGUAUGUCAAGGGCCAUGCAGGAGAUGUAUUUGAAGCUUAUCCACAACUGCUUACCGAAAUGGCUUUGAGGCUUCCUUAUCAGGUGAAGAAAAUUGCAGAUUCUCUUCAUCUUGACAAUUCUCCACGGUUUGAUGACGAGUGGUAUCAGUUCUUGUGUGAGUAUCUUUUGAUCCAACAAACCCCAUUUGUCCGACGACAAGUCAGGAAGCUUUUACUGUUCCUAUGUGGAUCAAAGGAAAGCUAUCGGAGUCGGCGGGACCUGCAUGCCCUCAAAUCACACAUGAAGACUGUCAGGGAACUUAGCAAGCAGGGUGGUUUUAGGUACGAGGAUGUGACCAAUCCACCAGUCAAUCUACCAUAUGACACUCUUAUCACACUGAUUGAACACCUUAAAGCUUGUUCUGAAGUGGCGUCAAGUCGUAUCAGCAACUGGCAGGCAUUCUGCCUGCGAGAAACAGACACUCUGCCGUUCCUCUUGAGAAGCAGCUUCUUGUUUGAAGAGGGAGUGACGCCCUUGAUGUUACAGUUGUUGGGUUAUGCCAUUUGUGAGCUCAAGUCACAGGCAGUAAGUUCUCCGCAAAAGAACAAGAAAGACAAGGACAAAGAUAAAUCAAAGAGCAAAGACAAGGACACUGAAAAGGAGAAAGAAAAACACAAAGACAAAGAGAAGACUUCAGGGUCAGCAGACACUGGGAGGAGUGAAGCUGCUGCCCAAAGUCUGGUUCAGUUGCUGCAUGAAGCUGUUGAUGAUGAGGUGAUGAGUCAGUUUGUACAGACCUUCCUUUUGGAGUCUAAUUCUACUGCUGUGCGAUGGCAGGCUCAUGAGCUGCUUUACAGCAUGCACAAGUAUUCAACCAGCAGCCAGCAAGUGAAGCUAUCAAGGAUGAUGUGGAAAAUCUGGCCUUAUCUACCAGACUAUGGUCGACGAGCUGCACAGUUUGUUGAUCUUCUGGGUUACUUUGCGAUCAAGUGUGAAUCAAAUACUGAAGAGUUGCAGGAUUAUUGUGUGAAAGCAGUUCAAGUAUUGAUGAUACAGAAUAAUGUUCUCUCUAAUCAUCCGAAUUCUAACGUGUACAGGAUGUUGUCAGGGUUUGUUGAAUUUGAUGGAUAUUACCUGGAGAGUGAUCCCUGCCUCGUUUGCAACAAUCCAGAAGUUCCAUUCCAGAGCCUGAAGCUAUCUGCCAUCAAAGGAGACUCUCGCUUCACCACAACAUGUCAACUUGUAAAGCUGAUAGGGAGUCACACAAUUUCAAGAGUUACCCUCAGGAUUGCAGAUCUUAAAAGGCAGAAAAUGGUUCGAACCAUUAACUUGUACUACAACAAUCGUACCGUGCAAGCAGUCGUAGAGUUGAAGAACAAGAGAUCCUUGUGGCACAAAGCAAAGAAAUGCCACCUCACCCCUGGGCAAACAGAACUCAAGGUUGAUUUUCCACUGCCGAUAGUAGCCUGUAACUUGAUGAUUGAGUAUGCUGAUUUCUACGAGAACUUUCAGGCCUCAUCUGAAACUCUUCAGUGCCCUCGUUGUAGUGCUUCUGUGAAUGCUAAUCCUGGAGUUUGCAGCAACUGUGGAGAGAAUGUCUACCAGUGCCACAAGUGCAGGUCUAUUAACUAUGACGAGAGAGAUCCAUUCUUAUGCAAUGCUUGCGGUUUUUGCAAAUAUGCCAAGUUUGACUACACUCUAACAGCCAGACCGUGCUGUGCUGUUGAUCCAAUCGAGAAUGAAGAGGAUCGCAAGAAGGCGGUUGCCAACAUCAACUCUCUUUUGGAGCGAGCUGACAGAGUGUAUCGGCAGCUAGUGUCUCACAGACAGCCCUUGGACCUGCUGUUAAACAGGUUGUUGGAACAUGGACAGCAAGAACCAUUGCAGGAGAGUACGUAUGGUGCGACACAGCCAGUGGCCUCUACAGUUGCAGGGUCUUCAACAUCAAGCAGUUCCUCUGCAAACACUGGAGUCAACAAGGCCAUCCAGGCUUUAGCCCACCGCUAUUGUGUUGAGUGCAAGGGAACUUUUGAUGAGCUCAGCAAGAUCACUCAGAAAGUAUUGGCCUCUAGAAAGGAACUACUGGAGUAUGACUGCCGCGAAUGUAAAGGUCCGGAAAGCUCUAGCAGCAGCUCCUUGCUGCUGACGUCUGGUUCAAAGGGAUUGCCUGGAGAAUGUUAUGGCUGUGCUUCUGCUGCCAUAGAACAUUGUGUCACACUUUUGAGAGCAUUAGCCAUGGUGCCCGGAACUCGAAAGCAACUGGUGGGAGAGGGCCUGAUACAAGAGUUGGUGGAGUUUAACUUGCAUGAAGGUACUCCGCAGAUGAGAAGUGAUGUAAGACAUCUGUUGUGUUUGUUGACCAAGGACAAUGAACAAGCCACAAAACAACUCAAUGAAAUCCUGAUCAGCGCAGUGGGCGAGGCUGUAAACAGUCACAAGUCCAACCCUGCAGUGGUCUCGGGUAUCAGUCGAGAAAUGUUACUUUUGAGUAAUGCGGUGGAGAUGGAAGACACUUGUUGGGAGAUGCGUCUGAGAUGUGUGAUGACACUGUUUAUGAUGUCUGUCGAGGUACGGAGUCCACUUAUCAUGGAGAGCAUCACUUUACCAUGUCUGAAGAUUCUGCUUAAACUUGUUAAACCACCCCCACCCAGCAGUAAAGCCAACAAGGACAAAGACUGCAAGUCAUUAGGCUCUGUUCAGGGUUCCAGUGGUGUGCGUAUUAAAGCCAAACAGUGGAUGGAUGGUGAUGCUAGCCACACGUAUUCUCAAUGGAAAGCAAUGGCUCCUACAAAAUCAGCUGCAUCCAAAUCCGUGACUGGUGAGAGUCGCACUGAAGCACGGAAACGACACUUGAUGGAGAAGUAUGGCCGAAAGUGGCGUGAGAGGACCAAGAGGAGGGAGUCGCCUGAAGACCAAGAGUUCCGUGAGGAAGAGUGGCUUAGGCAGGUGUUGUUCACUCCAUCGAACAGAGCAGCUCGCGAGAUGGCCUGUACCAUGAUAGAGUCCUUAUGCCAGAUACCCAGCCGACAGCAACACAUGUUGGACUUGCUCACAAGUUAUCUAGAGGAGGUCCGUACUGCAGGAGAGAAUGCAGCUGAGUUCUUCCAGUUGUACCAGCGAUUGACUCAGCCUACUUACUGGAAAUUCUACCUAGCUCUCCAAGGAGCUCUGAUGCAGAUCGGACAGCUUUUAACCAAGGAAAUUGAGCAUUUGACUUACCUGGAGCAGUACACCCUCAGCUCGGAUCUGUCCCAGGGAUAUGCUCUGAAAAUGUUGGCUGAAUUGAUGUCGUCUUUCCUGGAGCAUGAAGCAAUCAAACAGAAAUUCAAGGGAAAGCUUGUAGCCACAGUGCUUAAUGGUUACCUGUCCUUGCGAAGACUGGUAGUUCAGCGUACAAAACUGAUUGACGAGACUCAGGAGAUUCUUUUGGAACUACUGGAGGAGAUGACUACAGGUACCGAGACAGAAACCAAGGCAUUCAUGGCUAUUUGUGUGGAGACCCUCAAGAGGUAUGGACUGGAUGACCUCAGGACCCCCGUGUUCAUUUUUGAGCGGCUUUGCAACCUGAUCUUCCCAGAGGAGAAUGAUGUUGGUGAGUUCUUCCUUACACUUGAGAAGGACCCUCAACAAGAAGACUUCCUGCAAGGACGCAUGCAAGGAAAUCCUUACAGUUGUAACGAGCCCGGGAUGGGUCCACUCAUGCGAAACGUCAAGAACAAAAUCUGCACUGAUUGUGACUUGGUGGCUUUACUCGAGGAUGACAGCGGCAUGGAGUUGCUUGUCAACAGCAAGAUCAUCAGUCUGGACCUGCCAGUUAAGGAUGUCUACAAGAAAAUAUGGUGUCCAGAGGGAGAGGGUGAACCAAUGAGGAUCAUCUACAGAAUGAGAGGUCUGUUGGGGGAUGCAACUGAGGAGUUUGUGGAGAAUCUGGAUACUCAACAAGAAGAGGAAUUGGACGAGGAAGAGGUUUAUAAGAUGGCUGCCAUUAUGUCGAGUUCCGGUGGACUGGAAGCCAUGCUCAGCAGGUUGAGUGGAAUAAAAGAUCUUGUACGUGGAAAGCAGUUGGUAUCGGUUAUUCUGAAGCUCAUGGGGUAUUGCGUGAAACUCAAGGUCAACCGGCAAUACCUUUGCCUUCCAACUCUAAACACACUCAAUGUCCUUCUUGGAACUCUGAACCAGGCUUUGCGUCUGGAGGCUGACUCUGGAGGUGGAGCCAGCAUCGCAGAGGACGUGUUAGGAAUCAUGGAGACAGUGCUACAAGAGGCCACAAGUACACCAACCCCUGCUAUCCCCAUCCAGCAGGGAGAUGGUUCUCAACUGGACAUGCUGCUGGACAGAAUAACAAGUCCUUAUGUGAGGACACACAGCAGUGUGCUUCAAGCUAUGAUGCGUAUAAUUCCUUUCUUGACGUUUGGAGAUGAAGAAAACAUGAGGACGCUGGUGAAUCACUUUCUGCCCUACCUGGACUUUGAAAAGUUUGAUCGCGAGCGUUCAAGUGACGAAACUCUCUUUUUUGAUUGCUUCUGUAGUAUAGCAAGUAAAAUCGAGAAUAAUCACAAUGGUUUCAAGCUGAAGGACAUGAUCAUUGAGAACGGAGUUGUAGCCAAAGCAUUGACAUACUUGGAAAACCAGACCCCUCAGAAACCCUUCAGCAAAGCAAAUCUGCUUGAAGCUGACGUGUGGAAAGAGUUUUUAGCCCGGCCGUCUCUUCCUUAUGUUCUUCGUCUUUUGUCAGGUCUUUGUAAAGGACAUGUCAAUACACAGGUGCUGGUCGGUGAGACAGCUGUACCAGCCAUUCAUCGUCUGGAGCAAGUCUCGUCGGAGGAAAAAGUUGGCUCGCUGGCAGAGAAUCUUAUGGAAGCACUUAGAGAACAUCCUGAUGUCGAGAAAAAGGUGUCAGAAGUACGCCGAUCAACACGAAUGGAAAAAAAGAAGCUGGCCAUGGCUAUGAGAGAAAAACAGCUUGGAGCUCUUGGCAUGCAGACGACAUCCGGGGGAAAGAUCAUUGCCAAACCGACAAGUUUACUUCGCGAAAUGGAAGAACUUCAUGAAGAGGCUGGCCUGGCUUGUUGUAUUUGCCGUGAAGGAUACAGAUAUCAUCCUCAAAAGGUUCUGGGUAUCUACACGUUCACCAAGAGAUGCAUUCUGGAGGAACACGAAAACAAACAGCGUAAAACACUGGGUUACUGCACUGUCAGCCACUUUAAUAUCGUGCAUUAUGACUGCCACAUGGCGGCUGUAAGGCUUGCUCGAGGUCGUGAUGAGUGGGAAAGUGCUGCCCUUCAGAAUGCAAACACCAAGUGUAAUGGUCUGUUGCCUAUCUGGGGUUCAAAGGUUUCUGAGUCUGCAUUUGCAAGUUGUCUGGCAAGACACAACAGUUACAUUCAGGAGUGUACGGGUCAUAUGGAACCUACGUAUCACGCUUCUAUUCACGACCUGCGUCUGCUGCUCCAGCGGUUUGCAUUUGAAAAAUCCUUCAGUGAGGACACCGGUGGCGGGGGCCGAGACUCGAACAUCAAAUUUGUGCCGUAUGCGAUCCACAUGAUACUCUAUGUCUUAAACACGACUCGCCAACUGAGUCGAGAGGAGAAGACGCUGAAAUCAUUUUUGGACAUGGCCCCGGACAAAUGGGCUGAAUCAUCUUACGAGGUCGAUAGCCCGCUGUACAUGACAGUGCUGUCGCUGUUUGUGUAUUCACUGGAGCACUGGAACCAAUCAAAGAUCACUUUCCUUAAAAGGCUUUUCGUUACUGCACAUGCACGUCAUACAAAUCCCUCGGGGACGACCAAGGUCACCGAUCUGACUCUGGCUGAAUUCUCUGUGUACCGGCCGUAUAUUGUGUUUUUUGUGUUGAUCGAUAAACUUCACCACCUACUGAAGAAACAUUUGGUUGCGGAUGACAAUGGCUGGCCGCAGGGAAUGCUGGAUCAUAUUCGAAACAGUGACGAGACCGUGUUGAAGGGUUGUGACAAGAUUUUAUCCUUUUACCAGACGGACCUUCUACCAUCGGAGUCAUUUUCCGAGUUGUUUGAUGUAGCAGAAAUGCUGUCUGACAUCCCAGAUCCGGAAAAGUUUAUUACUGAGACCCUUGCCUCGCUGCCAAAGUGAAACGCCCUGCGUCAAAGUUUGCAGACUCAGAGACAAGAAUGAAGUGACUGACUCUAACAUAACUACCGAAAACAUAGCGAAUAGAAUCGUUUUUAAGUUAAGCCAUUUCCAAAAGUGGUGGUUCGAAGAAAUUUAAUGUAGAAUAGGUGAUGUAGUACGAGAGAUCACAAUUAAACGUAAUUCAUGAAGGUUGUA